UGUCCCAUUGCUCCCUCCCACUGCCCCCCCGGCAGCCCGGCCUCCAUCCAGCCCCAGCGCUGCCUGCCGGCUUUCCCUAGCAAUGGGCCGGGCCGUGCCGUACGACACAGCCUGCUGGCUUCCUCCCGCGGCCUGCCCGGGCUGGCCGGCCUCCCGACAGCCUCCAGCUCCCUCCCGCCAUCCCGCGGCCUGCUCCCGCCGCCGCGCUCCUCCCGCCGCCGCGCUCCCUGAGGCAGCUCAUGGCCGGACCCAGCCCGGCGCGGCUGCAGGGCGAUGUGGCCGCCUUCAGCGCUGCCCUGCGCACCCUGGUCAACAACCCCCAGUUCAGCGAUGUGAUGUUCGUGGUGGGCCAGGAGCAGCAGAAGGUGUUCGCACACCGCUGUGUGCUGGCGUGCCGCUGUCAGGCCUUCCGUGGGAUGCUCAGCCAGGACUCCUCCAGCAGCGUCCCACCCCAGGGCCCCUUCGUCCUGGGCAACGUGCAGCCUGAGGUCUUCCUGGCUGUCAUUGAGUUCCUCUACACCAACAGUGUCACCCUCAACAGCCACAUAGCACUGGAGGUGCUGACCUCAUCGGUGGAGUAUGGCUUGCAGGACUUGUGCAAGCUCUGUGUCAAGUUCAUCAAGGACACCCUGAGUGUGGAACAGGUCUGCGAGGCCCUGCAGGCUGCAGUGACCUAUGGGCAGGUGGACCUCCAGCAGCACUGCUUGGACUUCAUCGAGGGCUGCACCGCGGCAGUGGUGAGGACACAGGGCUUCCGUGAGCUGUCUGACGUCGUGCUGGCGCGGGUGCUGCGCAGUGACCGCCUGGCCGUGGAUGAGCUGGACCUGGUGCAGGCUGUGCGGGAGUGGGCACACGUCAGCUCGGCUGUCCUGGAGCGUCCGGUGCCAGAGGUGGCUGCCCUGCCCGUGAGGGAGCUGCGUCUGCCCUUGCUGGCACCCAGUGAACUGGUGACACUGGAGAGCUGCAAUCAGCAGGACCUUCUUAUCCCGGUGGAGAACAUCGCGGCAGCCUGGCGUGCCCAUGCACUGAGGAGGGGCAGUGGGGUCCCGUCCCGCCUGUGCUGCCCCCGCCGGGGCACGCGGCCCCGCGACCACCACCGUCACCUCGAGCCACACGCCAAGUAGGUCUUGGGCAAGGAGUAUUGUCCAGCCCAACCCGGGACUCUGCAUCAGGGCAGGAUGUGGUGCUGGGCACUGAUGCUGCCGUGACCAAGAGCAUCGAUAAAGUUCUUUGUCCCAUGUCACAGCGUCGGGGCAAGGGCAGGAUGUCUGGGUCACUCCCAAAAGUGAUGCAGCAGAUGGGGGUAGGGUAGAGCUGAGCUAUGUGAUGGGUGCAAGGAUGCUGCAGGCCGCCCAGGCAGUGACCCAAGGGCGGGGAGACUGCAGAGAUCCCCCUUCCCCGGGGCCGUGCUGCCCUCCCCCGGCAGCAGGGCUGUGCUGCAGCAGCAAAGAGCAGCAGCACCUGGCCCAGGCAGGGCAUGGAACCCUCCAUGGCAGCAGCACAGGGACCCUGGGGCUUGAGGGGUGCAGGUAGGAGAGGACACAUGAGCAUCUUUGCACACACUGCUGCACCAACAAGCUCCCCAAGCCUGCCAGCAGGCCACACGCCCGUAGGACAGGCUGCCAGCCCCCCAUGCGCACACACAGUGUGCACCC